AUGUCAGUCUCAAGGUUAAGGAUGUUUCUUCCUAAUCCCACUUUUCAUCUUUCCUUUUCAUCCCUUCACUCUCACUCUGAUGAUGUUGUGUCUUCAUUCAACCGCUUGUUAGAAAUGUAUCCUACCCCAUGCAUCUCCAAAUUCAACAAAAAUUUAACUACCCUUGUGAAGAUGAAGCAUUACUCCACAGCUAUAUCCCUUUAUCGUCAAAUGGAAUUCAGCAGAAUCAUGCCAGACAUCUUCACUUUCAACAUCUUGAUCAACUGUUACUGCCAUAUAAGGCAAAUGAAUUUUGCAUUCUCUGUCUUUGGAAAGAUUCUCAAGAUGGGUUAUCACCCUGAUACCAUCACCUUCACUACACUUAUUAAAGGUCUUUGUAUUAACAAUGAGGUUCAGAAAGCACUGCAUUUGCAUGAUCAGCUGGUAGCACAGGGAGUUCAGUUGAACAAUGUUAGUUAUGGAACAUUGGUCAAUGGGUUGUGUAAAAUGGGUGAAACAAGAGCUGCCCUGAAGAUGCUGAGACAGAUUGAAGGGAGAUUGGUUCAGUCUGCUGAUGUGGUCAUGUACAACGCCGUCAUCGAUGGCCUCUGCAAAGGUAAACUUGUAAGUGAUGCCUGCGAUUUAUAUUCUGAAAUGGUGCUCAGGAGAAUUUCUCCUGAUGUUUACACUUACAAUGCUCUAAUGUAUGGCUUUAGCACUGUGGGUCAAUUGAAAGAAGCGGUUGGUUUGUUAAAUGAUAUGGGAUUGAAUAACGUCGACCCGAAUGUUUAUACCUUUAACAUACUGGUUGACGCCUUCUGUAAGGAAGGGAAGGUGAAAGAAGCUAAAAGUAUAUUUGCUGUUAUGAUGAAAGAAGGUGUAGAGCCUGAUGUUUUCACUUAUGAUUCUUUAAUUGAAGGGUAUUUCCUAGUUAAAAAAGUGAACAAGGCUAAAGAUGUAUUCAACUCCAUGACCCGAAUGGGAGUCGCUCCUGAUGUUUGGAGCUACAAUAUCAUGAUUAACGGAUACUGUAAGCGUAGAAUGGUGCAUGGAGCUCUAAAUCUCUUUGAAGAAAUGCAUUCCAAAAAUCUGAUUCCUGAUACAGUAACUUACAGUUCCCUUAUUGAUGGUCUGUGCAAAAUAGGGAGAAUAUCUUGUGCUUGGGAGCUUGUUGGUAAAAUGCAUCGUACAGGUCAGCAAGCUGAUAUAAUCACUUACAAUUCUUUAUUACAUGCCCUAUGCAAGAGUCAUCAUGUGGACGAGGCCAUUGCAUUGUUUGAGAAAGUUAAAGACAAGGGCAUUCAACCAGAUAUGUACAUAUACAAUGUACUUAUUGAUGGACUAUGCAAAAGUGGAAGACUAAAGGAUGCACAAGAGGUUUUUCAGAACCUUUUGACUAAAGGCUAUCCACUAGAUGUUGUAACAUAUAAUAUAAUGAUCAAUGGGCUUUGUAUAGAGGGUUUGUCUGAUGAAGCAUUGGCCUUGCAAUCAAAAAUGGAAGACAAUGGCUGUGUUUCUGAUGUUGUAACUUAUGAUACAAUUAUGCGGGCUCUCUAUAGAAAAAACGACAAUGAUAAGGCACAAAAUCUUCUUCGUGAAAUGAAUGCUAGAGGUCUGCUGAAGAGUGAAGCCAAGUGA